AUGGCACCCGAUCGUUAUGACUCGCGCCGUCGUGGUGUCUGGAGCCACUGGGUCCCUCUGGCUGUCACCCUGACAAUUGCAACAGCUGGAGUGGCAGCGUGGGCUUGGAGCCAGAGGGGGGGCUCGGAUGAGGAGGGACAAGAACCUGGAUUGGACUACGACAAUGCCGACUAUGGAGACAACCCGCCCUACGGUACAGCAGGCGACGACCGAGCACCUCAACAACCGCCGCGUCCUGGCGCAUCGCUCGGCGAUCACGAGAGCUAUGGAGUGCAGGAUGCGGCCCCAAGUGAGAUUUCCGCUGGAGGCUGGGGAACGCGCAUGUCAGGUGCGCUGAGGCGCACACCGAGCCCGCAGCAAUUCCUCGACUCAACUGGGAAGACUGUCGCAGCCGGUUUCGCGGCCGCUGGUGCGGCCAUGGGCAAGGCGUUGGCCUCGAUUCGCGAAGAAGACAAAGCAUACGCUGGUAGCAACCCAUGGUCCGAAGAAGCGGAUGCGAAAGCCGAGCGAGCGCCUGUUGGACCUUCCAAGCAUAGAAGAACAGUGGCCGUUAUCGUGUCCGCAGACUCGCCCUACACGCAAGGAGAUGCCGAUGACUAUCUGGAGCACGCAAACGACUUUUCCAAAAUCAAGCUGUUCGUCUUGAUCUAUGCGCCGCAUCUGAAAGAAACCAACCUAGAGACCGCGACUGGUAACCUGCCGCCUCCCUCAUUAAGCUCCUCCUUCUCUAACAUUGGUCCCGAACAAGCCCAACCCAGCGAGGAAGGGCGCACAUCACAGUCUACCCCCACCCCAAGCAGUGCAGCUUAUAAUGCCGUAUACUCGCAGGCAUUGGCGAUCGUUGACAAAGAGACGAUGAUACUUCCUUUUACUACUCCAAAUGGCCACACGCACAUUUUGCGUCAUCUCCAGCCGGAAAUCAUCUACCUGCAGGAGUCCAUGGCCGGAGACAACGGCAGCAUCAUUUCCAACCUGCAGACGUGGCUUCGUCAUGAGAUUGUCCUCGUUGUCGGUGCUGAAGGCGGCUCAGGCGGCUUGGCCGAUAGUGAGUCGGAGGCUGAACGCUCGGGACAACCUGAGAAAUGGUGGCAGAAGCCAGAGAGGGUGGGUCGCGGACGAGGUGUCGUCGUUGUCGACGGUAUGCGCGUCAACGACGACUGGGCCCGGCGCGUGCACGGCGUGGAGUAG